GAGGUCGCUGCUGCGCCGAUGCACAGAUAAGACGUCAGAGGUGAAAGUUCGACAGAAACAUGGCGGCUCCCGUGGAUGACAUGUUUUCCUUCUGUGUGGACCCCGGCAAAGUCUCCACCUGCGUGGAUGUUAGAUUUAUAAACAGUUUGAAGGGAAAGGGUCUCUUUGCCAAAAAGGGCAUCAAGAAGGGAGAUGCCAUUUUCCUUGAGCGGCCUCUGGUCUCUGCUCAGUUCCUGUGGAAUACUUUGUAUAAAUACAAAGCCUGCGAGUUCUGUUUACGCGCUCUGGAGACUGCAGAGGAGAAUGCCAGGAGACUCAGCGGGAUGCCCGGCCUCAGCCUUCCUCAUCCCGAGCUGUGCCGUGUUCGACCAGAGCUGCACCAAGCCUGCCCCCACUGCCAGGUGAUGUACUGCAGCAGCGAGUGUCGACAAGCUGCAGCAGAUCAGUACCAUCGAGCUCUGUGUUUGGGUUCCUCCCAGGACGAUCCGGACCAUCCCAUCAACAAGCUCAAAGAUGCAUGGAGGAGUAUGCAUUAUCCCCCCGAGACUUCCAGCAUCAUGCUUAUGGCCAGAAUGGUAGCUGCUGUCAAACAAGCCAAAGACAAAGCACACUGGCAGAAGCUGUUUUCUCACUUCUGCAGCCGAACAGGUAAUGAAGAGGAGGAGAUCGCCCAUAAGCUCCUGGGAGAGAAGUUCAGAGGGCAGCUGGUUUUGCUACACAGCCUUUUUAAAGCAGCACUUCAUGAUGAUCAUCUUAGUCGGUGGUUUGUCCCAGAGGGUUUCCGCUCUCUGUUCGCUCUGGUGGGGACUAAUGGACAAGGCAUUGGCACGAGCUCCUUGAGUCAGUGGGUUCACGCCUGCGAUGCACUUGAGCUUCCUGCCCAGCAGAAGGAGCAGUUGGACUCCUUUAUCGACCAGCUGUACAAGGACAUCGAGAAAGAAACGGGAGACUUCCUAAACUGUGAGGGAUCUGGACUGUUUCUGCUUCAAAGCUCAUGUAACCACAGCUGCAUACCCAACGCCGAGGCGUCCUUCCCCGACAACAACUUCCUGCUCCAGCUCAGUGCCCUCAGUGACAUCACCCCAGGAGAGGAGAUCUGCAUCAGUUAUUUGGACUGCUGUCAGCGGGACCGAAGCCGUCAUAGCAGACACAAAGUACUGAGGGAAAACUACCUGUUUGUCUGCUCGUGCCCAAAGUGCAUCUCUCAGAUGCAUGAGCCGGAUGUGACAUCAGAAGAGGAAGAGGAGGAGGAAGGCGAGGGGGAUGAGAUGGAAGACGAGAUGACGGAUGUCUGAGUCCUGUCCGUAUGGUUCUGAACCCCGAGGAAUAAAGACCGGUUCGAACCACGAUCUGUACUCCACCAAACAGUCCGCACUUUGAGUUUGGUUAAUGACUGAUAGGUAAAUGUAUGAAAAGACUAACGUUCACUAAAUGUGGAUGGAGGCACUUUUUAAUUCUACAUCAAUCAAAAGAAUUUUGAUGACAUUGUGGCAGCGCGACCAGUUAUAAUUAAUGAUGUAUUGCCUGAUUGAAUAGUUGCUAAACACCCUAGAAGACCUUCUGCUAUAGUGGUUACAAUUCUCCCUUUUCACCAUGACUUCACCAGGUUACAUAUGCAUCACAGCAUAUUUCUGAGAAUUGAAAAAAAUGUAAACUGGAGAGGACAAGUAAAUCGCUUUUUGUUUUUAAUAGCAGCUGCUGGAAACAUGCAAAAUAAUAAUGGUGAGAAUGAAUCACAAAAACGAGUUGAAAGGCUUUAAAGACUGAGGGGAACUGCAGAGCAUGGUGAUUAUUCUGCGCCGGUUCUCCGCUUAGACUGCUAUUACACAAUCCUUCAAUCCAUUGUGAAUAAAUGACCAGAUCGGUUUUAUAUUGCAGCUAAAAGUCAGAACUUCAUCCUUGUGUUAUUUGUUCCACCUCAUUCAAUGCGCUGAAGAACAGAGUUUAAACCACACUGUCCUUGUACUUCUUGCACUGCGUCUGACCUCCGUAUCCACUAAAUCAAACUUUGAAGAACUUUUAUCAUUUCUUGUUCCUGGCAACUCAACAAGGCAAAGCGAUUAAGCCAAGGUGAAUUGAUUCUCAGGUGUUUUGUGCCUCUUUAGAAGUUCCUUACAUGAUAAUGCAUCAUUGUAUUGAAGAGGCUUUUUAUUUAUGCACCGUUGUAAUUACAUUCUUGUCGUAUGGUAGACAUGUCGGCAGUGAUAUGUACUUUGGUUUUCCUACAAUGAUCUAUGAGGUUAAGUUCAACCUUCCUUAAUGUAUUACGGAGACCUUGAGUAGAAAAUUGCUUUGUCAGUAACUGUUUGCCCUUUGCUGAGGACUGUAUUUCAUAACGCAGUUCCACGUGAGCAAAGGU